UAACACUAAACUAGGAUGGUAGAAUUGUUGCACGUUACAAGAUUGUCUACGAUUUUUUCAAAUACCCCUGGUCCCAUUUAUUGCGUGCUCAUUUUCAUUACGGCCCUAAACACUAAAGAACCAAACCUAGCUGUUUCCGUUGCUGCUUUUCUCUGUCAGCAAGGAUCAGCCUGAAAUCUGGCGCAGAGUGAGACCUCUUCUUGUUUCCCCCGCACACACCUCAUUCCACCUCAUUCCCAUACAGCUAAAAGGAGAUGAUGGAGACCUACGAUCCUGACAGCAUGAAGACUGCGGGGCAAGGACAAGACGCAUGAGGCCUUUGGGUCCCGCCGGACACACCCAUGGAUCGUGACGUGACGCCCUCUCACUCCCCCCCUCCACUGGACACUGACGAUGAGGUGGCGUCAGAGGAGGAAGGGUUUGGGGAUUUCUCUAAAGGGGGGGGCUGCACCCCACCAGGUCAUGCCGACGUCUCAGAACCGCCGUCCUCCUUCAGACGGACCUAUCCCACAGAGAAGCCGGCGACCCGCCUGCCGGACCCCGGCUCUAACCACCUGGCUGAACCAACGUCUGAGGAGUCUGGGAGGUGUCCUCCUGAAUCUUCGCACUGCUCGAACGGCCAUGCCGAGGAAGACCUGCGCCCUGAGGCCUUUAGCGGCUCUAUAGCGAGCUGCUCUGGGGAGGCAACGGGGUUUGCCGAUUUCGCCGUGUUCACAGAGCAGGCGGGACACCCGUGGUGCUGUGGCUUCACGGAGCAGUGGGACGACAGGGCGGGAGGGGGACGCCUCAGCGUGGACGAACAGGUUUGUGACUCAGGGCGGGAGUUUGUCACGGAGUCGGAGCCUAGAUCCCAGCUGGCAUAUGAGGCAAACGGAGGGGUCUGCGUUGAGAGCGAGCACUGUGAGAAAAGAGACGCGGCACCCGUGCAACCACCUCAGGACCACCGUCGGUCUCAGGAAGAUGAAGCAGGUGGGAAUUCUGGACCCGAGGAGCCUGCCUCAGGUGACGGGGCUUUCUGUGUUGAUGAUUUGUCACUGAAGGCUGCCUCUGCAGAGCUAGAACCAAACACUUCAUCCCUUACGUCCCCCGGUGGCCAGGCUGCUUGGGACCAGACUGAUGACGAGGGGGAAGUAACGCAAAACUGUGGGACACCGGACUCCCUCGUCAGCAGCUGUAGGGCCAACCUCGGCCUGUCUGAGUCUGAGAUGGAUGGCCCUCACUGCAAUGCGCCUCAGGGAACCUCUGCUACCUCCUGCCAGCCACACUCUGGUACACACACUCAAGAGAAGCGUACGCACCUUAGCGACAUUAACACCGAGCCACACAGGGAACCUGUCGGGACGGCUGAUCCAGGAGUGCAGAGCCUGGGAACCCUCGCGCCCAGCGACAGCUUCGCAGAUUUCUGCUCGGCCCCCGCGCAGGACGACGAAGAGGGGCCGACGUGGGCGGACUUCACGGGCCAAAGCGCACCGGUGGAGGGAAGCGUAUGGACAGAGCGCAGAGAGCCUGGCGACGAGGAGGAGGAGCCUGACCAAGAUGGAGUAACGAGAAUGAACAGGUGUCAGGGUCAGGCUUCCCUGUUCUGCCAUGUCCAGCAGCUCCUCCGGUCCAGUUUCCCGGAGGUACGGCUCCCAGCAGUGGAAGGGGAGGAGGACCUGCCCAACCUUGGUGCUUUACUUCACAGCCAGCCCUCUCCAGAGACCGAGGAGGACAUCCCAGAAGUCAGCCACGCUCUGAGGAUCCAGCAGUCGGUGUUAAGCCCACACGAGGACCUGCGCUGCUCGCUUGGUCUCCAGUUUAGGUGGGGGGGUUCUCACAGUAACACAACUCUGCUCAGGUGCCUUGGUGUGGACCCUAGGAACAUUGUUUUCAUGGGCACAAAGAAGCAGGCGGUGACCGUGCCAGCUUAUGCCUCUUCCCUGGGGACGCUGGAUGCCACCAAAGACCCCUCGCCGGCGGUCACGGGACCCUCCGGGCCCCGGGAAACGCAGGAACCCCCGACCCGUUCAGAACAGGAGCUUCCACCGAACAAGGCGGACUGGAGCUGCAGACGCCUUAGCGGCUCCCAGGAGGCCUCUCCUCUCGCUCCAGAGCAUGCUGGGCUCCUGCCGUGUUUCCCGCUGUUUCUCCUUCCUUCCUUCGCUCGGCUGCCGUGGGCUACAUAUUGUCGCUCUCAACAGCUCCAUGUCUGAUAGUGGAAGCGCGACCGAUGUGGGAGCAAGUAGGAAAAGGAGAUCAGUUAUUUCCUUUAUCUCCUGCCACUAUUUGGAGCAUUUAUCUCAGUAUUUAUCAGCCCCGUUGGUGAUGAGAAAAAGAUUUAUUCAUUAAUCUCGAGUGGCGACCCCAGAUGUGGUCCAGAUGAAUGCAGCUUCACGGUCCUGUAGUAAAACUAACUCACUUCCACCUGCUGCAUGGGUCCAGUUGGGUUUUUUCUGUAAGAUUUCUCCACCUUUAUUCGACGUAAAAAAGGGUUUCCACUUUUUUUU